AUGGCCGGUAGUGGCACAGAUAGUGAUGACAAUGGCGUGGGCUUCGCACCCAUCAAGUCCAACCAUAACCGUCGCAGCUCUGGUCUUCGACGUUCCGGUUCCCUGAACCGUCAGCUCACCCGGCAAUCCACCAAGGAGACUCGCCGCGAUCCGAACCUCGACCCCGAUUCUCUCCCAUAUCGUACCUUGUCCCAAGAUGCCAACUUCGACGAGUACACUACAGAGCACCAGUCGGGAGAGAUCAAGGGUCCGGUCGUGCGCGAGCCCUCGGGCAAGGAGACGCAUUACAAGCUGGUCACCUUCACGCCAGGUGACCCCGAGAACCCCAAGAACUGGAGCAAAUUAUACAAGUGGUACUGCACUAUGGUUGUCGCAAUUACCUGCUUUGUCGUGGCGUUUGCUUCAUCCGUCGUGACAGCUGACCUGAAGGGCGUCGAGGAAACAUUCAACGUCAGCGAGGAGGUCGCCCUCCUCACCAUCACCGUCUUCGUCAUAGGCUUCGGUGUCGGCCCGGUCGUCUUCGCGCCGCUUUCGGAAAUAUACGGCCGCAGGAUCAUAUAUGGGUCCACCCUCCUCAUCGCCGUCGUGUUCAUCAUCCCCUGUGCCGUGGCCAAGAAUAUCGGUACGCUGAUCGUCUGUCGUGCCAUCGACGGCAUCGCCUUCUCCGCGCCCAUGACCCUCGUGGGCGGUACGCUGGCCGACCUGUGGAAGAAUGAGGAGCGUGGCGUGCCAAUGGCUGCCUUCUCCGCCGCGCCAUUCAUCGGUCCUGCCAUCGGACCCCUCAUCGGUGGUUAUCUCUCUGACGCGACGGGCUGGCGCUGGCUGUACUGGAUCCAGCUCAUCUUCGCCUUUGUCGUGUGGGUCCUGAUCACCUUCACCGUGCCUGAGACGUACGCGCCGACCAUCCUCGCCCGCCGUGCUCAGAAGCUGCGCAAGGAGACUGGCAGCACUGAGCAUGUCACUGAGCAAGAUCUCGACAAGAGGCCCUUCUCCGAGCGGUUGACAAUCUUCCUGAUCCGACCGCUGCAGUUGCUCUUUGGAGAGCUCAUCGUGUUCCUUAUCUCUCUGUACAUGUCUGUUCUCUAUGGAUUGCUGUAUAUGUUCUUCGUGGCAUUCCCUAUCAUUUACCAGGAGGGUAAAGGAUGGAGCGCAGGCAGCACAGGUCUGAUGUUUAUUCCUUUGGCCCUCGGUGUCCUCGCUUCAGCCGCCAGCGCCCCAUUGGUAAACAAACACUACCUGAAGAUCUCACAACGCUGGAACGGCAGCCCCCCGGCCGAAUAUCGACUUAUCCCGAUGAUGUGCUCCUGCUGGUUCAUCCCCCUAGGCCUGGUCAUCUUCGCCUGGACGUCAUACCCAAGGCUGCACUGGUUCGGCCCGGCCUUCGGCGGCUUCUGGGUCGGGUUCGGCUUCAUCUUCCUGUACAACGCAGCCAACAACUACCUGGUCGACUCGUACCAGCACCAGGCGGCAUCAGCCCUUGCGGCCAAGACCUUUAUCCGCAGCUUCUGGGGCGCCGCCGUCGUGCUCUUCACGGAGCAGAUGUACGCUGGCUGCGGCUACCAGUGGGCGAGCAUGAUUCUGUUCUUCAUGGCGCUAGCGUGCUGCGGCAUCCCGUUCCUGUUCUGGAAAUAUGGUGCUAAGAUCCGUGCGAGGAGCAAGUACGCUUAUGCCGGUGACGACGACGAACAGAAUGCCUCUGGAACAAGUGAUGAGGAGAACCAGAUCAAGAAGAGCGCUGGUAUUGAGGCUGGCGCGGUGCUCGGAACGACUCGAAAUAGCGCGGCGCCGCCUUUGGCCACUGGCCCGGCACCUUAA